AUGCUGCGCAUGCUACCAUCGCUAUAUGCGCUCUGUGCGCUGGCCUGCUUGGACGGAGCGUUUGCACCUGAUCCGCCCAGCUUCACACCUGGCCUGUCGACCGCGGCGUCAGCCUCAGGAACGCAAGCGCCGGCAACAGGCUCGGUCAACAUCCCCUCUUCCGCGCCUGCGGGAGGUAUCACAGUAACGCAACCCAUCCAAACCGCGGACGCAUCGUACUACAAGAUUGCUCGAGGUGUCGAAGUGACGUUCGGCUGGAACUUUACGUCUGUUCUGCAGUACCCACGCACGCUUACGGUGCAGGCGUACUGCUCGGACAACCUGAACACGUACGACAUUGCGACGAACCUUCCGGGUACAGCGACGAGCGUGGUGUGGUCGCCGUACAACUACUCUUCCAGCGUGGAAGCCAGCAACCCGAAUCUGCCGCAGCUGAUCGCCGCUAGCUAUCGACUGAUGAUCUACGACGAGCGAGGCACGAGCGUUGGUGCGAGUCCAGGGCUGAUGCAGCCGAAUACGAGGGUGCAGUUUGCGCUGUACAAUCCUCAGGCGUAUACGCCGCUGGCCAGUGGGUGGAUCUGCGCAGCGUGCAGCGGCGCGAGCGGGCUGAAGAUGGUGCACCCUGCGUUUGUCGGAUUGAUCGCCGCGGUGGUGGUCGCCGCGCGUCGUGGUUGUGGCUUGGUCGGAUUCGGCGAGGACGAGUGGAGAUGCAGCUGUUCGGCCCCGCUGAGGAAUCGGAAGCGUCGUUCUAAGCCGAUGGAAGAAGCUCCCACAUCGUCAAGUUGA